GACCAAUCACUGCCGCGCUGUUGAGUUUUACUUCAUCUGUUGUUGAAACGAGAAAACUUCCGUACUUUAUAGCUUUCCUGCUGUUUGACGCAUUAAAAAAAUGGGCGCUUGUAUGGCUUUAUGCUCUCUGGCGAGCUGCGCAUCCUGUCUGUGUGGCUCUGCUCCAUGCCUGUUAGCAGGAUGUUGCCCCUCCGCUUUCAGCUCCACCAUCACACGCCUGGCUUUCUCCUUCUUCCUGCUGCUCGGCACCCUCGUGUCCAUCAUCAUGAUCCUGCCGGGAAUGGAGACUCACCUGGAACAGAUACCUGGAUUUUGUGAAAAAGGCAUGUCCAUACCUGGCUUUGAAGGAAAGGUAAAUUGCGAGGUUAUUGUUGGCUAUAAGUCCGUGUACAGGAUGUGUUUCGCUUUGGCCUGCUUUUUCCUCCUCUUCUCCAUCAUCAUGAUCCGAGUGCGCACCAGCAAGGACCCACGUGCCUCCAUUCAGAACGGAUUCUGGUUCUUUAAGUUUCUAAUCCUGGUCGGAAUAACUGUAGGAGCUUUCUACAUCCCAGAUGGCACAUUUAACACAGUGUGGUACUAUUUUGGUGCGGUUGGCUCCUUUAUCUUCAUCCUGAUGCAGCUGAUUUUGCUGGUGGAUUUUGCUCACACAUGGAACCAGAGUUGGUUGGAAAAUGCCGAGAAUGGCAACAGCAAGUGCUGGUAUGCAGCUCUGUUGUCCUUUACUUUCAUUCACUACGCAUGUGCCUUUGCUGCGAUGGUGCUGUUUUACGUGUACUACACACAGCCUGAUGACUGCACUGAACACAAAGUUUUCAUCAGCCUGAACUUUAUCUUCUGCGUCAUAGUGUCUGUCGUCUCGAUUCUCCCUAAAGUACAGGAAGCUCAGCCUGCCUCAGGUCUGCUGCAGUCCUCUCUCAUCUCUCUGUAUACCAUGUAUCUCACCUGGUCUGCUAUGAGCAACAACCCCAACCGGAAAUGUAACCCCAGCCUGCUACAGCUGGUUACCAACAACCCCACCACCACCGCUGCCCCGGCCCCCACCAUCCCCCCUGGGCAAGUCCAGUGGUGGGAUGCGCAAGGAAUUGUGGGAUUGGUCAUCUUCCUGUUUUGCACACUCUAUGCCAGCAUCCGAUCAUCCAAUAACUCUCAGGUGAAUAAGUUGAUGCAGACGGAGGAGAGGCAGGAGUUGGCGCUGGACAAGGACGCAGAAGUGGGGGAAGAUGGAGUGAGACGUGCUGUGGAUAAUGAAGAGGAUGGAGUGAGCUACAGUUACUCUUUCUUCCACUUCUGCCUCAUCCUGGCUUCUCUUUACAUCAUGAUGACCCUCACCAACUGGUAUCAGCCUGACACAGACUACAAGUCCAUGAAGAGCACUAUGCCUGCAGUGUGGGUGAAGAUCAGCUCGAGCUGGCUGGCCUUGGCGCUAUACCUCUGGACUCUUGUGGCUCCUCUGAUCCUCACCAACCGAGACUUCAACUAGACAGCAAAGAAAUCAUUCCACCACCAGUUCUUGUCCGUUUGACCUCAUCCAUGUGGUAUACUAAAACUUACACCUAGCAUCUUUCUUUCUUUUGAAAAACAUGUUUCCAGGAAGGAAAUUCAUAACUAUACUAUACCUGAAUCAAACAUGUAAUCGGAUCGAAACAACCCAGAUUGUACACUACAGGCCUGCUUUUUGAUGAGGAGAAUCAGCUGGCAGGAUAAUUUGGCUCAAUAUCAGCCGUAAUGUAUGAUAAUCUAAGAGAUUUUGUCUAGGACUGUGAGAAAAUACAUCCAAAGUAGAAUCCAAAGAAGUCAAAAUCAAUAACCUGAUUUUUCCAUUGCCUCAAAUGUGCUGUCUAAUAUUCACUUAACUCUAAGAGUCUUUUAUUAUUAAAAAGUGUAUGAAGCUCUGAGAAGGACACUAUGCUUGUUAAUAUACAAAAAAAAAAAAAAAAUCACAUGUAAGAGCUAAAACAAUCAUGCUGUACACAGGUUAAGUUUUCAUUGUUUUCACUCUGAUCAGUAAUGUCAAAUCACACCUGCUCUGUGGUGUUAGUAAAAUGUUCCUUAAGAGAUGUUUUUGUAGUACACUUUGACCAAAGAGAAAGCAAGUGCUUUUUAUACUGAAUUUUUUACUUUGAAGGAACAAAAUUGUGGGUUUUACACUGAUUUUACUUGUAUUUUAUUCUGCAGAAAAUAUUAUUAAAGCUUUUCACUGUAUAUUUUUCUUGAUUAUUCAUGUUAA